UUGCCGAGGAUCCGUAGUAUCGUAUUGUGCGCUCAGCUGUGUUCGUGUGUGCUGUCAAAGGUGCACAUAGUGUUACGCGUCGUCUGUCGUUAUUUAGUUUUCAAACUGUGGUGCGAGAUGGAACCGCCAGGCGGGAGGGAUUCCCGUUUCAACAUGAGUUAUAGCAUGAACUUGUUGAGCGGCGAAACGCCACCAGAGAUAUAUGGAAAUCCUAACCUCGGUCGACCGUCUACAAGUUUGCAACAGUUGUCGCCGCGUCAUACGAUGGUUUCUAGUGCAUGUGGCGGUCGUGGAGGCAUGAAAAACGACGUUUGUUACGACGACAGGGGUAUGUCUUCCCAGGGAAUGGGCCUGGAAUCCUGUGUCAACGACAUGAACGAAGACACUUACAACUCCCUGCAGUCGAAGAAAUCGCCGCCGAGCAACGGCAAGAAGACGAAGGGUAGAGUCAAGAUCAAAAUGGAAUACAUCGAGAAUAAAUUACGUCGGUAUACGACGUUUUCAAAGAGGAAGACUGGGAUUAUGAAAAAGGCCUAUGAGCUUUCAACCCUAACCGGCACCCAAGUGAUGCUGCUGGUCGCAUCAGAAACGGGACACGUCUACACCUUUGCCACCCGCAAGCUUCAGCCUAUGAUCACCAGCGAAGCAGGCAAGGCUCUAAUCCAGACGUGCCUCAAUUCCCCGGAUCCGCCAGCCGGCUCAUCUUCCGGGGACCAAAGAAUGUCAGCAACUGGAUUCGAGGAGACGGAACUGACGUACAACAUCAGCGACGAGGACUCCAAAGAUGAGAAUAUGUCAGGUGGUGAUUCCAGUGGCGAUUCCAGUGAUGGAGAAAAUGGAGAUGCGGAUAACCCCCUCCAACUUUACAUCCCCCCAGAAAUAUCAAUCAAGGCAACCAGCAGUUCCCCAGACUCAUCUCACCCACCAGCCAAAACUUCGAGGAUGUCGUCUGAGUCAUCAUCCACCAGCACAUCCUACUCUUCUGCAAACAACGUCACAUCCACGAGCACCAAACCCACGUCUUCCUCUGCUUCCUCCAAUACCAACCCCCCACCUCUUAUUUCCCCCUUAGUUUAUCAAACCCCACAAGGUAUGAUGUAUGCACAACCUAAUGGAAACGGAGUUCUAUUCAGCUUAGCUCAUGCAGAUCCCAGUUCCAAUCAACCACAAUUUAUCACCAUACCAUUGUCUAUGGUAACUGCCAAUGGUCAAGGGGAGCUUGACCUAUCCAAGAGGAAAACGCGCAAUCCUACCAAAGAUGAUUCUAAUGACAUAAGUUAGUAGUAUAUUUUACUCCGUUUUAUUCUCAGACGAUGCACAAUUGCGACAGAAUUCGUUGAAUUUUGGAUGAGCUCCGAACAAAAUAACAACAAAAAUCCUCAAACUAAGAUUUAAAUUACAUCAUUUGUAACUUCGUUUUGAACAACCGAUAAAAAAAGUUAUGUUAGUGUUGAUGAUUUCAAAUUCAGUAAUCAAACUGCUUCAUUUGUAAGGAGCUUUCCAUUUGGAUGAAUUCGAUACAUCUACAGGCUGUGUCUUCCAAUUUCGUUUAUGCUAGGAAAUAGUGAAAUAGAUUCAUACUGCCUGAACCCCCAAGGUUCAUGAAGGAAUCAUAUACCGUUUCAUUGCAAUGUAAAGAGACUUGACUUUCCACUUGUCUAUAUGUUCGAAUUGCAGAUAUACAUAAGGUACCUAUUUCAUGGACUAAUGCUUCACUUCAGAUUAGAAUCAAGAAAUUGGCGAGUAUAUGUAGGUGAAAAAGGAAAAGGAUUCAGUAAAAGUUGAAUUAUCUUUGGAUUGAGUGAAUUACUCAGAAAAUUAAUGAAUGUUUAUACCUACUUAUAAUCGUAGAGAAUCUUAAACCAUCAGUAUAAUUUACUCGGCAUUGGUUUAACAACCUAUUCAAAUAAAUAAACUACAUACUUAGUACGUAGUAGUUAACAGAAACAACUUGACAUUUUGAAGUUUUUUCUAGCAAUGAGUUAAGGGAAUAUAUAACCCUAGUUAAAGAGUUUUUUCCUCUUCAAUGGUUAGAGAAACGAUGGAUUCUGCUAACUUAGAGUUAAGCCAGCAAAAUCCAGGUUUUAAAAAAAACUGGAAAUGGUAAAAAGGAAUAAUAUUCCUUAAACCUUAUAUAAUUAUUAAAUUAGCUGUUCGUAUCUGUUAGCUUGACAUUAAGCUAAUUGGCAGUGGGUUCAAACAAGAACUCGAAAUAAGCCUAUAAUGGUUGAUAAAUAUUCUAUCAAGACGUUUGGUUCUGGCAGUUAUGCUAGCUUUACGUUGAACUAACAGAACCCGAUAUUUCUGCAACAAUUGAAAAGCACUAGAGUCAUAAAUUAGCGCAGAAUUGAGUCCAGAAAUAAAAUCCAAAAUACCAGGAUGAAACUGCAAUCAAAAUGCCCAGUGCAAUGACAGUAGGUCAUUGAAAAAUGGAGUUAACUUAUUUUGAAGUGGUAGUUCUAUCGAAAUACCUUAAAUUUCAAAAGAAUACGCCGACCAAGUAUCGGUGUUAUUUGCUGUGCGAGUGAAACAUCCUCCCUGCAGUAGAAUUCCUGCAUUAUAGAUCUCAUUGACAGAAAACUGAGCACGAAUCGUCUGAAAUAAUGUUAUUUCAAUUUUAUGCUGUAUUUGAAAUAUUUCCAGAUGAGGAACCGCUGAAUUCACAUAAAAGAAUCUAAUAAACUUCGUUGAGAUUUUGCCAAAGUUCGAAAAAUAACAUCAAACUUCUGUUGUAGGCUUAGAUAGUCUGUAAAUAAACCUAACUUGACUACAAUGUUCAAUGUUUGGAGAAAAUAUCGCAUGUGUUAACGUUUGCCAACCACUAGUAACGUCCAUUUUUAGAACUACCGUGUUUCAUCAUUGGGCUAAAUAUACUGAAACGGAAGAGAUCAUUCAAUAAGAGCAUACGGAAAA